AAUUAGGCCCAUUUUUAAAUUGGGGUCAGUUAUGGGCUUUAAGGGUUUAUUAAUGAAAAAAGAGUUCGGAAACGGGUAAUUGCAUAUGAGGUAUUUUGCAAUCGAUAAAGGGCAUCUCAGUCAGCCAUUGAUCCUGAUCGAAACAGCGAAGAAGAAGAAGAAGAAGAAGAAGAAGAAAUGGCGGAUUUGGUUUUGAGUUCCUCGUCACAGUCAUCUCUACUUAACGCCAAACCCAAGCUCCUCUUACUCAAGACCCCUACCGCUUCACCGAUCAGACGUAUCGCUUUCCUUAAUUCCAACGGUUUUCAUCCUCUUGCGUUCGCAUCGGGCCACCGACGACGACUUCCUCUCGGCGCGGUUGUUGUUCCUUCGGAUUCGACCAAGACGAUCACCACUAUUACUGCUAAUUGCGUCGAUUCGGGAGUCAAAGCUGUCGAAGUUGAGCCUGAGCUCGGCGGCGGGAGUGAUGGUGGUGGCGGAACUGGAGGUGAUAAGUUUGGCGGCGGCGGCGGAGAUGGAAAUGAAGGAGGGGAAGGCGGAGAGGAGGAGAGUGGUGGGAAGAGGGUUACGCCUUUGUCUAUGUCGCAGAAAUUGACUCUUGGCUACGCUUUCCUCGUGGGAGUUGGUGGGCUGAUGGGUUAUCUGAAGAGCGGUAGCCAGAAAUCGCUGCUUGCGGGAGGACUUUCAGCUGCUGUUCUGCUCUAUGUUUUCCGCGAGCUCCCAACAAAACCUGUUCUUGCAUCAACCAUUGGCGUAGUGAUGGCGGGUGCAUUGACGUGGGUGAUGGGGACGAGGUACAUGGGUUCAAAGAAGAUAUUUCCGGCUGGAGUUGUGUCCUUCAUGUCUUUCAUUAUGACCGGAGGAUACAUACAUGGCAUCAUGCGUAGCCUUCACUAGGCAGUAACAGUUAGCUUUUGAGUGUGUGUGUGUGUGUGUGUGUUACCAAGUGCCUCAACUUUUCUCGAGAGAGCAUGAGUGUGUUUGUUUAAAGUAGUUCAAAUCGAAAAUGCUCAACUUUCUUUUGAUUAGCCUCCAAAAGUUAAGAUGUUGGGUUUUUGAACGUAAUGCUACAAAGUCUCUACAUAUUGUCUUCUUUAAUAAUAAAGCACCAGCAAGAGUCAAACCUAUCUAUCUUCAGAAGUAAAAACAAAUAUGAACAAUUCAUUUU